UUGAAUAACUAUGUUUCGUCUUUCUUUGCUGCAAAACUCUGAUUUUUAAGCUUUGAUCAUGUGAUGAAGCAAUGUUCUGCAUUCGAAUUGAUGAUGAAAACUGAAAUUUUUAUUGGGAACACAAGGCUGACCGGGGCAGCAUGUGAGAAUGCACUGCAGAACGACUGAAAGCCGGGACUGGCGAGGCGGGGCAGAUGCUGCCAUGCUGGUUAGUUAUUUAUUAUUCUAAGUUUUAAUCUUUCUCUUACAAGUUUUGCCCUGGUAAAGGCCUCGAGAUGAGUGGGGGUAGUGAGGGCGAGAGAGAGAGAGAGAGAGAGAGGCUAUAAGGCUUCUUGCGCUUUAUUCUCCUCUCUUCCAAGUUGGACACUUUGCUGUGCUCUGAGAACGAGGCUUAGGAAUUGGGAGUAAGAGUGGCGGUGUCUUUGAGUGUGCGUGCUCUGUGCUCAACUCCAGUGCCUCCCCAUUUCGCUGUUGCUCUGUGUACGCAAUCUCCUCUUUUUUUUUCCCCCACCGCUCCAUUGAGCUUGGCCGGUAUCCUGCGACUUUGGAUCGAGUUGUCGUUGCGGAGACGAAGUUGCUCAUCCCCCUUGGGCUUCCUUUUGGCGUCUAUCUUCUGCGGCUUCCGGUUCGUCUCCACUGAACGUGAUCUACCUUGUCGAAGGAGAUACAAGCUUUCCCCUUAUUUUCCUGGAAAAAAAAAAUCUUCUUUAAUCGGCAUCUUGUGGAUCCGAAGUGGGAUUGUCUUUCCUCCUUCCUCUACUUCCGUUAAGGAAUACCAACAAGAAAGGUCGGUUUUGCCGUCUCCGACAUUUUGGUGGGAAAGGGAACCAUCUGUGGCGUGUGCAUGAAGGACUGCUGAAACAAUGAAAGAUGAGAACUUGAAGAAAAGCAAGUCAUCAUGGUCGAAGACUGUUCGAAAAUGGUUCAACAUCAAAAACAACCCUCGAGACUUCCAUGCUGAUGAUGAUGUAUUUGGAAGAGGCGAUGGAGAAAGGAGGACCAGCUUCAUGGAGAGGAAGACAAGCACAGUGAAGAAAAGCAGGACAGAGCGUUUGUAUAAGAACUCAGAUCGGGUUCGGCAAGGAAGAUUUGAUGGCGAUGCUGCUCAAGUUACAGAUAUGCAGGACUACAAGAUUUUUGUAUCAACAUGGAAUGUAGGUGGGAAAUCCCCAACAAAAAAAUUGAAUCUUGAGGAAUGGAUCCAUGCAUCUCCUCCUGCACAUAUAUAUGUUUUGGGAUUUCAAGAGAUUGUACCUCUCAAUGCUGGAAAUGUUCUUGGUUCAGAAGACAAUAUCCCAGCAAAGAAAUGGUUAGCACUCAUUAGAAAGACACUAAACACUCUUCCUGGCAUGGAUGGCUGUGGUGGAGGUUAUGGUUUACCAUCCCCCAUUGCCAAUCCUGUUGUGGAGUUGGAUGCUGAUUUUGAGGGGUAUUCGACAAGGCAGAUGAAUUCGUCAUUCUUCCAUCGACGAUCAUUCCAUUCCAUAAGUCAUAGUUCAAGAAUGGACAACGAUAUCAUGGCAAUGCAACCAAGGCUGGAUCGAAGAUUCAGUGUUUGUGACCGGGUGAGCAUCGAGAGUGCACAAAGUAACUUUGAUCCAUAUUUUAACUUUGGAGCUUCACCCUAUGAUGAGGUUGUUGGGGGAGAAAUAUCUUACACUGGUUUUUACUCGCCGAUGUCAUAUUCAUAUGGUGCUCCACAUUAUAUGGAAGGAAGGGAUAGACUUUCUGGCUGCUCUAGUUCUAGGUAUUGCUUGGUUGCAAGUAAGCAGAUGGUAGGCAUAUUUCUAACAGUUUGGGUGCGAAGUGAAAUUAGAAGCGAAAUAAAGAACUUGAAGGUAUCCUGUGUUGGCAGGGGAUUAAUGGGUUACCUUGGAAACAAGGGCUCAAUAGCAAUCAGCAUGUCGUUGCACCGCACAAGCUUUUGCUUCAUCUGUACUCACCUAACCUCAGGAGAGAAAGAAGGGGAUGAACUGCGGAGGAACGCAGAUGUGAUUGAGAUCUUAAGGAAAACAAAGUUUCCUAGGGUGCGCAAAGUAUUCAAUGAAAUGUCUCCCGAAACAAUCCUUGAUCAUGAUCGCAUCAUAUGGCUUGGUGACUUGAACUACCGUAUUGCUCUUUCAUAUCAGUCCGCAAAAGCACUAGUUGAGAUGCACAACUGGAGAGCAUUGUUGGAAAAGGAUCAGCUUCGGAGGGAGCAAAGGUGUGGACAUGUUUUUGAAGGAUGGAAGGAAGGAGGGAUAUCCUUUCCUCCCACCUACAAAUAUUCAAACAACUCCGACAGAUAUGCUGGCGAAGACAUGCACCGAAAAGAGAAGAGGCGAACACCUGCAUGGUGUGACCGUAUCUUGUGGUAUGGCCGAGGUCUUACGCAGUUGGCUUAUCUACACGGAGAGUCUAGGUUUUCCGAUCAUAGACCGGUAUACAGUGUCUUCAACGCAGAGGUCGAAAUCAUAAAUCGCAACAGAAUCAGGAGCAUGGGCUCUAGCUCUCGAAUAGAGGUCGAAGAGCUACUACCAUACUCUCAUGGUUUCACAGAGACUUACUAUUGAAGUGGCUGCACAAAUUGUUAUUCUGCACUUAUUGGCCCCAACAACGAGCUUCAGAAUCUCUGUGGACCCGGUGUCAAGCAAAGAAAGCAGAAGCCUCCCUCGGUCAACCAUAUUUUACUAAAUGACUGUAAAGGAAAGAUCAAGAAACAUGUUUCAGACUUCCACACCAGAAUUCUUUAGCUGCUAGCAACACGAGGUAACCAGUUUUAGCUCGUAUACAGCUAAUUUUGUCGAUCAAGAAGGUGCCCGCCUUUAGCAAGGGACAUCAAUGAGUCAGGAAACAUCAUCAAGAAGUUUGAUGUCUGGAAGAGUGUAGGGAAUUCUUUUUUUAUAUAUAGAAUGAGAGGAUUAAGACUCCCAAUUGUGCAUAGAGCUAGUUCGGUCGUAUAUGUUGAGGAAAAGAUAGGUAAACUCCUAGCGCACUCAUUGUCACUGUGAAUCUGUGAUAAAGAAAUGUAUCAAUCAUGUUCAGUGAGCAUACGUAAGGAGUUUGCUGGAAAAGUUUCUGGCAUUGAUGACCAA